AUGGCCGAUGACAAUGGUAAGCAAUUGGGGACGGAACAGCAGCCUGUCCGACCAGAUCCUGCUGCUCAAGUCGGCAAGUCCAAAUCCAGGUUAAAGUCUAGAGACGGCACUACGGCAGCGAAACGACGGUGUAUAUACGACCCCAAUUCAGAUCACCGUCGGAAAGGAGUCUAUAAGCAAGACAUCGACAACUUGAAAAAUCGCAAUACCACCCUCCAGACACUGGUUCAGGCAAUCCUCAAUUAUGACGAAGCUGACGUGCCGGAGCUCGUCCGACAAAUACGGUCAUGUGAAGAUUUAGAACAAGUAGCAGAUUCUAUUUUAGCGCGAGAAAAAACAUCAAGCAAGGCUGUCACCAGGGAUGCGGGUACAGACGACGAUAAUGGUCAAGUUACUGAAGUCCCCCAAUUCGAGUCUGAGCUGGCUGGGAAGAUGAGCGAGCUGAUAAUGGACGGGUCUGUGAGGUUUGUUGGAGGCACUUCGAAUUUGAUAUUCUUGCCCGCUGAGUUUUCCUUUGACGAGCCGGAUUCCUCUUUUGCCUUCAUGGAGCAGAGCCAAGAUGCGGACGACGCCAUAACUGGUUGGACCCGGGUAACGAAAAGCAAAGAACUUAUCCGCCACCUAUUGACCAUGUAUUUUACAUGGCAUUACGCAUAUUUUACAACGAUGUCUAAGAAGCUGUUUUACCGUGAUUUUAUUAAGGGACGGCCGACUCAGUAUUGCUCACCACUCCUUGUAAAUGCCAUGCUGGCCCUUGGCUGCCAUUUCAGCUCCUGGCCUGCGGCGAGGCGUGACCCAAAGGACUCCGCAACUGCGGGUGAUCAUUUCUUCAAAGAGGCUAAAAAGCUGAUAUUGGAGAAUGAUGAACAUGAAAGGGCAAAACUGUGCACUGUGCAAGCUCUUGCCUUGAUGUCAGUGCGCGAAGCUGGCUGCGGGCGAGAAGGCUCGGGCUGGGUGUACAGUGGAAUGAGUUUCCGAAUGGCGUAUGAUUUAGGUUUGAACCUCGACGGUACAGGGAUUGCCUCCCAUUCCCUGACUGAGGAGGAUAUCGACGCGCGAAGGAUGUCGUUCUGGGGAUGUUUUCUUUUUGACAAAUGCUGGUCGAACUACCUAGGACGCCAACCCCAACUAUUGAGCUCCAGCAUCUCCGUUCCCAAGUUCGAUGUCUUCCCCGAUGAGGAUGCUGAAAUGUGGUCUCCGUACACGGAUUCAGGUGUUACGCGUGAACACAUACAGCCUUCUCGAACAAGGGCAGUCUCUCUUCAAAUCUUACGUCUAAGUGAGAUCAGUAGCGAUUUACUGUCGUGUUUCUACCACCCGAAGCCUGUAGAAAGGCAUAUUGGAAAGCAAGAGGAGUUAAAGCGGCUAAGUCAGCUUCACACGAGGCUUGAAGCGUGGCGUAAAGGGCUUCCUAAAGAAAUGGAGCCCAAGGAAGGACAGCUACCCCAAGUUUUACUCAUGCACAUGUUCUUCCAACUCCUCUUCAUCCACCUAUAUCGUCCAUUCCUCAAGUAUACAAAAUCUACUUCUCCUCUUCCAUCCCAUGUAUCACCUAGAAAACUGUGUACGCAGUCCGCAUCUACGAUAUCCAAACUACUUCGACUAUACAAGCGCACGUAUGGAUUCCGACAAAUCUGUAACAUUUCUGUAUACAUUGCUCAUUCUGCUUGCACAAUUCAUCUACUUAAUCUUCCUGACAAAACCGCGAAACGAGACCUCAUCCAUGGUCUUAAGAAUCUGGAGGAAAUUGCUGAAAGCUGGCUUUGUGCCCGUCGGACUUUACGGAUCCUCGAUAUGUCCGCCCAAAAGUGGAAUGUCGAUUUGCCAAGUGAGGCUGUGGCAAUUCUGGAACGUUCACACGCCAAAUUUGGACCAUGGGGGUCGUGGGACCAGGUUCAUUCUCCGUCGAACUCAGAAGCUUCCGACAGGGAGAGAGGCAAGAGACAGAGGUCAGAAAACUCUCAAAGCUGUACGACUCCUGAACCCGUUCCAUUGUCUUCCAAAUCCACUAUACCCGCACCUGUGAAACAGGCUUCAACCCCCCUACCAAAUCCGUUGUUCUCUCAAUAUCAUGCAUUCUCCCCCGCAACCACUCAGUCCUCACCACAACAGCCCACUCAUCCGGCAAAUUUACCAUCUUCUCUGCUACCUCAUCAUACGUUCUCCGUACCAGCUCCCAAACGCUCUUACAGUUCCAAUCUCGAUACAGUGCUAAAACAUGAGCCAUGGACAAAUACCCCGCAGUCGCCAGUGGACAUGUCCACUAAGAACAACAGCUUGUCUAAUCUGAGUAUACCGCAGAUUUCUGCAUUAAGUGGUAUGGAGAGUUUAGUUGAGGCAAGUCAAGAUUGGUGGCUGAAGGAUCAAAAUGCUUUGGCAUUAGGAUUAGACAACUGGGGCGACAGUUGGGAUAAUGCUCCUGGACCAGUUUGCACUAGCAUGGGCUUUGAAGCCAACGUACCAGCAGUUGCUCUCGGAAGUAGUAACGGACAAAUCAUUGGGAGUAAUAGCCACAAUCUGGGAGCUGACCAGCUGUCAAAUGCGAACGACGGCAUGGGAAUCAAUAUGCCGUUAACGUUACCAGGCUACGACGGUGAAUAUACCGAUGAAAGCGGGCUAUCGCAGACGAGAACCAGUCUGGAUCAAGACAACCCACAGCCAGAGCAAACAUCGACGACGAAUGCCGGAUCUGGAACUCUUGGUCAAAUAUAUUACUAGUCCUCAUCGAUCCAUCGUGCGAUCUUAUUACCCAAGGAAAUGGGAACAGCUUCCCAAAACGACUCGAUGGUUCCUGAAAUCCUUCAUCAUUGCCUGUCUUGAUCCGACACUGCAUAUAUUUACUUUCCCCGAAUACGUUACCACAUUUAUUCCAUCGCUCUUUUCCUUGAACGUGGAGAUUCUGCCCAUCUGAACACCAUCUAUCUUCCUAUCGACUGAAUCUGCAUUAUGUAAAUAUACACCAAUUUGCAAACUCUUCAC